AUGUUCAGCCUGCUGAGUGGACUCCAAUUUGACUAUCUCUUCUUAAUUCUUGGAAGCGGUUCUGACACCAACACCGGCUUGAUUUGGGUGGAAGGACAAAGAGUUGAAGUUGAUUUCCCAUCUAACAACAAACUAAAGUGGAGAAGUAUCUGCCUGAGCUGGGACUCGCCCAAUGGCGAGAUGUUGCUAUGGGUGAAUGGAGAGACCGUCAAGAGGACAGAGCUACUGAAAAGGGGAGUGACCUAUGUCAAUCCCCGGACUUUUAUUGGGCCAGGUCAAAUUUUCCUAGGUGGUAAACCAAAGUUAGAUGUGGGGGAGAUUACAGACGUCCAUGUGUGGGAUAGUGUGCUGACCUCACAGGACGUCAAAGAUUUUCAUAGCAAGAAAGGAAAAGUUGGUAAUAUCAUUAAUUGGCGGGCCUUAAAUUAUGAUGGAGCUGACGGAGAUUUUAUUAUAGGUCCAUUUCGGUGCAAAAGUCCACUUAAUUAG